CCAGCUCCGCUCCACGGUGGUGGAUCUAUGCUUGGAGGGAUUGGCUCUACUAUAGCUCAAGGCAUGGCUUUUGGCACGGGGAGCGCUGUUGCUCAUCGGGCGGUGGAUUCUAAUUUUGGUCCUCGAACUAUUCAGCAUGAAACUGUAGCUUCUCAAGUUCCUGAAGCUGCAUCCAUUCCAGUGGGAAAUGCUGGUGGUGUUGAUGCAUGCAGUGUUCAUUCAAAGCCCUUCCAGGACUGCAUCAAUAACUAUGGGAGCGACAUCAGCAAGUGCCAGUUCAAUUUAGACAUGUUGACAGAAUGCCGUCGAUCUUCUGCUUUGGGACUACUGAAUGCAUGAGAUUCACCAAAUUAUUAUUGCCAUUCUGCUUCUGAAACCCAUGAGGUCUAGUACAAGUACUCAUCCUUAUUAUGCUUAUU